GCCGACCGGAUUAUCUUCGUUUUUUUUUCACCACCAUACAAGUCUGGGGGUACUCGUCGCAUACACCCGCAACCGUAUAUAUAGUCGAUAGACCACGUUCAAUAAUCAUCAUUCAAUUGAACAUCGUCCAACCAUCUACAUUCAACAUGAUGAAAAUCGCAACCGCUUUUGCUAUUUUGGUGGUCGUAGCACUUGUCAGUGCCGACACAUCCAAAGAUGACAAGAAGACUGCCAACAAAGAAAAAAGAUUCGCUAGCUAUGGAUCCGGUUUGGGUUACGGUUCCGGUUUAGGCUACGGUUCCGGUCUGGGAUACAGCUCUGGUCUGGGCUACAGCUCCGGUCUAGGCUACAGCUCCGGUCUGGGCUACGGCUCCGGUCUUGGCUACAGCUCUGGUUUGAAAUACGGUUCCGGUCUCGGAUAUAGCUCUGGUUUGGGAUACAGCUCUGGUCUGGGAUACAGUUCUGGUCUGGGCUACAGCUCAGGAUUGAAAUACGGUUCCGGUUUGGGACUAUCAUCCGGCUUGGGAUACUCCAGCGAUGCUAUCGUCACCUCUGCCGCCCCAGCUCCAACUACUGGUCCACUCAUACCGAUCUCCAAGGAAGUGCACAUCGUCAACCGUCACGCCCAACCAGUAUCCGCCCCGUACCCAGUGCCAGUUCAACACGACGUGCCCGUCGCCGUACCACACCCAGUGCCAUACGCAGUCGAUGCCCCUUACCCAGUCAAAGUACCUGCUCCAUACCCAGUUCCAGUCGAAAGACCAGUCCCAUACGCAGUCGACAGGCCAGUUCCUCAUCCAGUAGCUUCACCAUACCCAGUUCCAGUAGUCCAUGAUGUUCCCGUGCCUGUAUCCAAACCAUACGCUGUUCCAGUAGUCAAACAAGUUCCAGUUCCGGUAGCCAGCCCAGUCGUCGUACACCAAUCAACUCCACUGAUCGCAUCCAGCUACAGCUCUGGACUUGAAACUUCUGCCAUCGGUGCCAGUUACGGCUCUGGAUACGGUUACGGUUCUGGUUACGGUUACGGUUCUGGUUACGGUUCCAGUUACGGACUAUCAUCUUACGGAUCUGGAAGCCUCUACAGUGGAUCUUUGGGAUACAGCAGCGGUCUGUCUUCCUACGGCCAUGAACACAGUUUUGACUACAAAAAAUAGAACUCUCGCUAAAGCUCCAGCCUAGCUAAACAACAAUGAAUCUACUAGAUUUUUAUUUAUACCGUGUAUAUUUAUAUAGACAAUUUUUCUUUGUUUACUUAAAAUGUUGUUAAUAACCAAACGUUUUAACUAAAAUAAAUACUUUUAUUUUUUCCAUA